CAGGGCUGAUUGUACUGCUGUUUACGGUGGGCGUUGAGAACUUUUCUGCUGUUUUUUUUAGAUGGGAGGGUACACUGGACCCAGUCCUGGCACGUAUCGUGAGAAUGCAGUUUUCUCACCUGUGCCACUUUUAUGAGUUGUCACUUUUCACGGAGGAAAUACAAUACCCAAUCUCUGUCCCAACACAGUUCAACGCCAAACUGUGGACAAGUUUCGAACCCAGGGAGGAAACCAUCCAAUUUGAGCGCGCCCCACAGCUGGGGCGAAACGCAGCAGCAAACAAAUAGCAACUGCACAAGCCGGCGCCCCCCAAAACGGCGAUCAUAUCCAUCCUGUCGCCAGGAGACACGCAACGGCAUGCAGAGCUUCCGCCGCGCCCGGGAAGGCAGCGCGGCCGCCCAGCAGCGGGACGCCAUGCCCGCCGCCGGCCCCCGCCCCAAGCGCUCGGCGUCCAUGCCCUUCCACGGCGCCGGCGCCGCAAAGGGCCGGGACCCCUCCCCGGCCCCGGCGGCCGGCGGGCGCGCGCGGCUCCGCGACGAGCAGCUCCGCCAGCUCCGCGAGCUCUUCCUGCGCUUCGACCUGGACCGCGACGGGAGCCUCACCUUGCUGGAGCUCGCGGCGCUGCUCCGCUCCCUGGGCCUCCGCCCCGCCGCCGGGGACGAGAUCCACGCGCUCAUCGCCGCCAUGGACGCCGACGGCAACGGCACCGUGGAGUUCGACGAGCUCGCCUCCUCCCUCGCGCCGCUGCUCCUGGGGCCCUGCCGCCCCGCCGUCGCCGUAGACCAGGCGCAGCUCGCCGAGGCCUUCCGCGCCUUCGACCGCGACGGCAACGGCUUCAUCUCCGCCGCCGAGCUCGCGCGCUCCAUGGCGCGGCUGGGCCACCCCAUCUGCUACGCCGAGCUCACCGACAUGAUGCGCGAGGCCGACACCGACGGCGACGGCGUCAUCAGCUUCCAGGAGUUCACCGCCAUCAUGGCCAAGUCCGCCGUCGACUUCCUCGGCCUCGCCGCCUUGUGACUCUCGUUCCCUCCCUUCCCACCGGUCGGUCGAUUCCCCCCCUCCCUGUUCGUGCGCUCCGUGUCUCUUCCUCUCCAUUUCGCAAUCGCUAACGCAUUUACAGUCGAGCUGGAUUGAAUUGGUCGGGUGUAUUGUGUGAUAUGUGGAUGCGAUGGUGUAAAUAUGUUGCUCUAGUGCAUGUUCCAUUUGA